AUGGGUGCUCAGGGACAAGAUAACAGGAUACCUGCGACAGGGGAACGCACGUGGUGCGUGAGGGGUACCACCAUGGACUCAACGAAAAGGGGACUCACUCUGGGAAGCGUAGCGUCCGUGAAUCCAGAGCGCUGCGCACCGCAGUCUUUUGUUGCAGCACGUGUUCGUCAGCAGGCUGAAAUUAAAACGCCAGCUCUUGAGAGAUGUUUGUCGCGAACGUCCAUAGAGACUCUCUCGACACAGGGUCAGGAAGGAGAACCACGGCCUCACGUCUGGAGAGGAACCCUUCCAGCUACGGUUGGCGCGGCGAGUCUCUGCGGCAGCAGCUGCCUGGGAACUAGUCACGCAGGCGCUGGAGAGGUUUCUGAUGCGAAGACCCUGGGACAUGACGGCUCGAUCCCGAAGGCUGUACAGCAUAGGCGGACCACACGCGCCGAGGACGAGUGCUUCGAGCCGUUGCCGAGAGCGGAGUCGCUGCGGCGAGCAGCACCGAGCCUGCGUCGGUUUGUGCAGCACUUACGCAUCAUGGAUCGCACUGCGGAGGAACUCCUGCGCCAACUGGAUCGAGCUCGCCCCGAGAACUGGUCGCUCUCUGCUGCUGUUGGAAACUUCACUUCAGAGACUGGACUGCAAAGCAAAUGGGGCUGGCGCACUGAGCUCGUCUCUUGGCUUAUGGACUUGUGCGUUACUCUCGGAAUGGAACCAGGUGUCGGCGAGUUUGCUUUUUUUAUGAUCCAGAAGGUCUUUAUGAUUGAUACGACGGGUUUAUGUACGUUAAUCAACGCUGAUGCCACUGGCGAACGUGAUCUGAAAGACGAGUCAGAAAGUACCCAGCUUGCGCGCAGGCGCCGUCUGCUCGAUGUCCUUCAUCUCGUUGGAGCAGCAGCAACGCGUCUCGCUGCGGCUCGGUCUCUCAUGAAAACCAAAGCACUUGGCGACGCGCUAGGAGAAGUUUUCUCGAUCGAGCGCUCGCAACUGGAAUCGGCUGAGGCGUUUUUACUGGAAAGAUUUCAGUGGCCUAGAAAAUAUGUGGGGUUAGAUGCAUACAUUUUUAGAAUCUGCGAAUGGAUACGACGUGUUCUAGAUGAGCAUCGUUUUCAUGUUUUGCAUCACAGCUGCCGCUGCUUGGCGCCGGUCUGGUCUGAAGAUGAAUCGUCGCUGCUGGAGACGUGCCUAUUUCUGUUGGAAGCCUGUCGGCCUGUCAUUCUCCGUAUUUAUUUGUCGACAGAACGGGCAAUGAGUCCAUCGGCAGCAGCAGCAGCAGCAGAAGCAGAAGCAGCUCAAAUGGAACUGGAAGGCAGGCUCCCCGACAUGCACGGGUCGCCCGCUACCUGGUUAGCCUCUGGCAAGGUAACCGCUGCGCAUCGUGUCGAUAUUCGUGAGCUCGUCGGAACCAACGCCGCCCGGAGGGAUGCUCGAGAGCGCCCCUACGCCGCGAUGCACCCACGCUAUUUCUGUGCAGCUUUGCUGAUUUUCCUCAGUGAUCUACUCCAAAACACAGAUCAUGGUAGUACCGAGAUACCGCUUGAGUUACGGGCAACUGAGCAGGAUUCAUGUUCUGUAGAGCAAGAGCACGGUUCGCAGGGCGCAGACGAGCUGUUGCUCGGGACGCACCCCGGGCUCUGGAGCGACCCGGAUGAGACUACCGAAAAUCGUGUUCCCUGUGCAGCGCUAAACGUGCUCCUGGGUGCACUCAUGCCCACAGAUACAUGGGGACAGAGCCUCGUAUCGGGAUGGCUAACUGUGCUCCAGGAAAGCGACUUGCGGACCGUCCUGGAGGCAUUGCACGUGGAUGCGCCGGCUCACUCGCCCAACGGCGUACGGCCGCUGGAGCAGACCUCGCCGCUCGGCGCCCCAGAUAACGUCACCCGCACAAGCCACGACGGACAUGAAACACGCAGGCGAUUGCGCACAGUGUCAGACAAGAACGUCGACAGUGCGCGUGAAAAAUAUCUAGAAACCGAUGAAUGGCUGUGGCGCCGUUUCUCGCAUGAGUCGGAAGGCACCGGCGUUGCAUCUCAACGUUCUAGGUUGCUGCACAUACCGAACGGGCGUCUGGAGCGGAUGGAGCGAGCAUCGACGCACUCGUCGACCCUUCAGGCAAUGUUACCACCGAGCCUGGAACUCGAUGAGUUCUCCAGUGCAGUGGCGGGAAUUCGGGUUUUUAGCAGCGCUUCUCUGAGACAGCGACGAGGUCGUAGGUCGCGUUCUCUUUGA